AUGUUGGUCGGUAAUAUUUAUGUGAUUUCGGCCAUCGCCGUCGUGGGCGGUGGCCUCUUUGGGUUCGAUAUUUCGUCCAUGUCCGCCCAGCUGAAUGAACAGUCCUAUCUCUGCUACUUCAACCAGGGUCCCAAGGGCCCGCCCUUCACUGAUGAAAAGUGCUCCGGUCCCCAUACCAUGGUGCAGGGUGGUAUCACCGCUUCCAUGGCUGCGGGUUCGUGGCUGGGUGCGCUUAUCUCCGGUAUUCUGUCCGAUCGACUAGGACGCAAGUACACCAUCAUGAUCGGCUGUUUGAUCUGGAUUGUCGGCUCGACUAUCAUCUGUGCCUCCCAGAACAUUGGCAUGUUAAUCGUUGGGCGUGUCAUCAACGGUCUGGCCGUGGGUAUCGAGUCGGCCCAGGUGCCGGUGUAUAUUAGUGAGCUAGCGCCGCCGUCCAAGCGUGGUCGCCUGGUCGGUGUGCAGCAGUGGGCCAUUACGUGGGGUAUCCUCACUAUGUUCUAUAUCUCUUACGGAUGCUCCUAUAUUGGCGAGAAGGACUUCAGGGGAUGGAAGGCCGCCGCGUGGCGCGUUCCCUGGGCCCUGCAGAUGAUUCCCGCCAUAUUCCUGUUCCUUGGCAUGAUGGUCCUCCCCGAGUCGCCACGUUGGCUGGCACGCAAGGAUCGCUGGGAGGAGGCCCAGAGUGUGCUGGCUCUGGUUCACGCCAAGGGCGAUCUGCAUCAUCCGUUCGUGGCACUCGAGCUGCAGGAUAUUCGCAACACGUGCGACUUCGAAAGUCAGAACCGUCACGUUACCUACUUGGAUCUGUUCAAACCCCGGAUGAUCCACCGGACCGUGGUCGGCCUCUUCAUGCAGAUCUGGUCUCAGCUGACCGGCAUGAACGUCAUGAUGUACUACAUCACCAACGUGUUUGCGAUGGCCGGGUACAGUGGCGAUGCCAACCUGCUCGCCUCGUCGAUCCAGUACAUCAUCAAUGUAAUCAUGACGCUGCCCGCGCUGAUGUGGAUGGACCGCUGGGGUCGACGACCGACGCUCCUCGUCGGCGCCACGUUCAUGGCCAUUUGGAUGUACGCGAAUGCAGGUAUCAUGGCCACCUACGGCACCGUCGUUGAGGGCGGAGUCGGCAAUGUCGCGGCCCAAUCCAUGGAGGUCAAAGGGCCGCCAUCCAAAGCGUUGAUCGCGUGCACCUAUCUCUUUGUGGCAUCCUACGCGCCUACCUGGGGCCCCGUCAGUUGGGUCUACCCGCCCGAGCUGUUUCCCCUGCACCUGCGCGGAAAAGGUGUCUCGCUGUCCACCUCGGGCAACUGGGCCUUCAACACAGCGCUGGGAUUAUUCACCCCCGAAGCCUUUGCCAACAUCAAAUGGCGGACGUACCUUGUUUUCGGGAUCUUCAACACGGCCAUGUUCUUCCACGUGUUGUUCCUCUUCCCCGAGACCGCCGGCAAGACGUUGGAAGAGACCGAGGCCAUGUUCGAAGACCCCGACGGGAUUCCGUACAUCGGCACUCCGGCGUGGAAGACCCGCAUCUCGACCCACAAGGUGGCGCAGAUGGAGCAAGGCCACGUCGGUGAUUUGGAGGCCAAAGCUGUGCCGGGAUCGGCUAGUCCCGGGGUGGGCCAGGAGAGCGGAAGCAGUAGCGAGCCGGGGAUCGGGAGCGGGAGCGGGAGCGGGAACGGGACUAAGACCAAGGAAGGCUGA